AUGCCCGAACAACCCGCCAACCCCGAACCAGCCCACCACGCCCUCGACUCCAUGCUCUCCCGCAAGUUCGGCAAAGAAGUCGCAAACUACUUCUCCGGCUCACCCCUGAACCGCGUCGGCUUCCUGCGCGAAGACCACCAGUUCCUGUCCCGCGCGCUCAAACACCCCUCCACCAGCAUCCUCGUCUGCAACAAUCUGCAGCCGCUCAUCCCCAAGUCCACGCAGCCGAAAGUAGGCGGGAAACUGCAGUUCGUGAAAUAUGACGAUGUGAAGAGUAUUGUCGGGGAAGGGAGGUACGAGAAGCCGGAGAAGGUGGCGAUUGAGGAGUUUGACAGCGGGAGGUAUAUCCCGCAGAUGGUCUUUCUCGGGAUCGAUGAGAAGGAUAAGGAAGGUUUGGAUUAUCAGAGUAAGAACCGGUACUGCGGGGCGCCGUAUUUCGCGCUGGAUGUUACGCCGAGGGAGGGGGUGUUGAAGGAGGAGUGUGAGAAGUUGAUUAAAGGACUGGAGGAGAAGGGGCUGGGUUUCGCGCCGGGGAGGGUCAUGGAUAUUGAUGCCAGUCAGGCCGCCAUCUACGCCGAAGCCCGCGCCCUCCUCGACUGGAACGCCCGCAACCCCUACUGCGCCGCCUGCGGCCAACGCACCAUGUCCGUCAACGGCGGCUUCAAGCGCGCCUGCCCACCAAAGGACGCCUCUGCGACCUCCGAACGCCCGGCCUGCGUCACGCGGAAGGGCAUCUCGAAUUUGUCGUUCCCGCGCACGGAUCCGACGGUCAUUAUGGCGAUCGUGAAUAGUAGCUCUGAUAAGCUGUUGCUGGGACGUCAGAAGGCGUGGCCGCCGUAUUGGUAUUCGACGCUUGCUGGGUUCGCGGAGCCAGCGGAGAGUAUUGAGGAGGCUGUUAGGAGGGAGGUAUAUGAGGAAGCUGGGAUUUUGGUUGGGAGAGUGGUUGUCCAUUCGACGCAGCCGUGGCCUUACCCGGCGAAUUUGAUGAUUGGAGCUAUUGGACAGGCUAUUCCGGAGGGCGAGAAGGUUGAUUUGGGCAAUGACCCUGAGCUGGGUGAUGCGAAGUGGUGCUCCUUUGAGGAGGUACGGCAUGCACUAAGAGUAGGCACGAGUGGGCUGGGCGAGGACGCAGGACCGGAGUACAAGGAGGGCGAUUUGAGGUUGCCCCCAAGUACUGCCAUCGCUCACCAGUUGAUGUCGGCUGUUGCGAAUGGAUUCGUUAGUGGGACGACGAAGAUGUAG